CUUGGCCAGAUCGAUCAGAUGGUAGCAAUUGUUUAGGAAAAGUAAAUAAAUACGUGUGGUACUUGUUAGUUCAGCCACGAAAAACGUUACUAGCGGCACCAAGUCAAAUAAAGAAUGUCGCUAUUUGUUUACAUCGACGACGUGGAGCUCCUGAUGGUAAGCUGAUAGCACAGAAAAGUGAAAGUGUAGAGCAACAUGUUGUGAUAAGCGUGAGCUAUGGAGUCAAGCGAGAAAAGUGAAAACAAAAUCAAAGAAAAGUUGAACCUUCACGUCAAGAAACGUCUGCAAGAAUCAACGAAGGAUUCGCCUAGGGAUGAGAACGACUUGAAGGAAAAACCCAAUUCGAGUGCCCGCACUUCGGGACCCCGAAGCAAGAGACAAAAACCAAAGAAUGGAUCAAAACAAACUACCAGUUCAACCGCCGCAGCGGUCCCAACAAUCUCUGCUCAGGGAAUCAAGAACGAGCUGCUCCUUUCGCCUGGAGCAGCCAAUAGUAACGAUACUACCAACAGCAGUAUCAAUUCCACCGAUCAAGAUGGAGAGUUGAAUGACCGAGAGGCGUGCGAUGCAGCAGGAUCAACAGAUAAGCCACCAAAAACGGGGCAAAGGAUGGACAUAUUUUCAUGUAUUCUGAACCAAAAGAAAAGUUCACUGAUGCGCGAUCCUGAAGUAAUUACUUUUCUCCAAGCGCUCGUAAAGAAUAAGAAAUGAGAUGAAUGGUUGAUUAUCGUUUUAAACUGUGUUCAUUUAACUGGUACAUGUCAACAAUUUGCUGUAGGGUUUUAGUG